UCUAGUUUUCUUCUUCUCUUUGCAGGCACAUCCCGGUGAGAUUCACAUUAUGAUGGCUGUCGUCAAAUACAAGACGAAGCUAGUACGGCCAAGAGAGGGCCUCUGUUCAAACUGGAUAGCAUCGCUCAAGCCUGAAGAUGGUAUCAGAAUCCCAAUUUGGACCAAGAAGGGGACCAUCUCAUUCCCCUCCACCGGUACUCCAGUCAUCAUGAUAGGGCCAGGAACGGGCGUAGCCCCAUUCAGGAGCUUCAUCCAAGAGAGGGCAGCACAUAAUAUUGGAGACAACUUGCUGUUCUUUGGCUGUCGGUACGAAAGCCAAGACUUUCUUUGCAAGGAUGAGUGGCAGAAUCUUCAAGACCAGAGUCUGCUUCAGAUAGUCACAGCUUUCUCUAGAGACCAGGAAGAUAAGAUUUAUGUGCAACACAGGAUAAAGGAAAGUGCUGCCAUCCUGUGGUCUCUUAUGAACAGGAAUGACAAAUCCACAAGAAUCUAUGUAGCAGGAAAUGCAAAGCAGAUGCCGACAGAUGUGAGGGAAGCACUCUGCUCUGUGGUCCAGUCGGAAGGGAGGAUGAGCGAGGAGGAGGCAGAGAGAUUUAUAAGCGAGAUGGAACGGAGGCGACUCCUUCAGAUGGAGACCUGGUCAUGACAACAGACGUCAUCAUUUUUAUGCCUCCGUUACGAAGUAGCCGGAGGCAUUAUGUUUUCGGGUUGUCCGUCCGUCCUUACGUCUGUACCUACGUAC